UGUAUUUUCUUCGUUCCUUGUAGGCUGUAGCGAACGAGGAGAACGAAGCUGCACAAAUUAAUAGAAUUAAAAUAAUAAUAAGUGCGUCGCUCCAGAAUUGUACGGGAUCGGAGUGGUAUUUUUCGAAAUAUCCACAGCUGCGGAUACUCAACGGAGCUCGUCUUCUCCGGCUCCGAUCCCUUGAAAGUAUAUGCUUUAUAUGAUCAUCGCCUCUGUUAUCUCUGUUUCUGUCCGAUGAGCUCUUCCCGGCAGCAAUUUCCGGUUCGAAUUUCGAUCGGAAUUCGGGUUUUAAAGGGAUAAUCGGGUUUGUUAUUCGAAUUUGGAUGGUUUUUGAUCACUAAGAUCUAUUGCAAUGUGGUCACAUCAUGGAGAUGCUUCCACAAAGUUGAAGAAGGAAAAAGAUGAGUUGAUUGAGUCUAGUUCUCCAAGUUGUUUGGGUAACACUAUUGAGAAACCUGGGUAUGAUUCCACCUUGGAGGGGGAGGAAGAGGAAGAGACACAGGUCAAUGAGGAUGAAGAUGAUCAAUCUAAUCGAAAUACUUCAAAGCAGUUGGUGCUUUAUGACCCUGAGGCCACUCCUACAGGUCAAAUUCAACCAUCUCAUGAACCUGUUAGUUAUCAACCUCCACCUUUGCCUACUUGUUCAACACGAAACCCACUUUCAAGAGCUUUGCCCUCUAUAGGGGCAUUCACUGUUCAGUGUGCUAACUGUUUUAAAUGGAGGCUUAUCCCAACAAAGGAGAAAUAUGAAGAAAUACGUGAAAGUAUCUUGCAGAAGCCUUUUGUAUGUGAAACAGCUCGUGAGUGGCGACCUGAUAUAUCAUGUGAUGAUCCAGCUGACAUCUCCCAAGAUGGCAGCAGGCUUUGGGCAAUUGAUAAACCUAAUAUCGCACAGCCCCCUCUUGGGUGGGAACGGCUUCUAAGGAUCAGAGGCGAAGGGAGCACAAAAUUUGCUGACGUAUAUUAUGUUUCACCAUCAGGAAAGAGACUACGGUCCAUGGUGGAGGUCCAGAGAUAUCUACUUGAACAUCCAGAGUAUACUGAUGCAGGGGUGACAAUGGCACAGUUUUCAUUCCAAACCCCAAGGCCAUUACAGGAAAACUAUGUGAGAAAGCGUCCUGCACCUGUGGCACCUUCAUAUGAUGAAUCUGAUCUUGGGAUUUCAAGGCCCAUUGAACCUAGGGAUGUGAAUCCCUUAUCAUGGGCGGGUCCUAUUGGUUUGCCAGAGCCAGAAUUACAGCUUGGUGGGCCAGGGCUGUCAACCCCUAGCUCUGAGUUUCCUGUAUUUGAGCCUGUUGCUCGGCCAGUAAAGAAACGAACAACGAGAUUACCAUCAAAAAAGAUGAGCCGUUGCAAUCCAGUGUAUAGUAAUCAGAAGGUCAAGUCAGAAGACCCAGAAAGAUCCCAAAAUAAUGACUACGAUCUUUAAAUCUGUAAGUUAUGGUUUGUUUUACCUUGUCUCUUUUCGCCCUUACAAUAUAGAUCCAAUGUUUUGAGAAAAACAAAAGAAAAAUAGUGGGCAUAUGUUGGGUGCCUUGUUGGUGUACAUGGAAACUAUAUAGUAGGAAAACAACAUUGCUUUGGUUCAUAUAUAAUGCAAGUUUAUUUAUUUCUUAUC